AGGGACAAAGCUCCAGGACAGUGGGAGUGUGAUGAGGCCAUUGAGGUGUUGAAUAAAUGCAUGCGGGAGGUGGACCAGAUCUCCCUCGCUGCCAUCAGCCAGCAGCUGGCCCCCCGAGAAGAUGUCUCCCAGGAGGCUUUGCACAACCAGAUGAUCACGGCUGUUCAGGAGAUCAGCAACCUGAUCGAGCCUGUAGCCAGCACGGCACGGGCCGAGGCCUUGCAGCUGGGUCGCAAGGUGUCCCAGAUGGCUCAGAACUUUGAGCCACUCCUUAUAGCAGCUAUCAGCACCGCCUCCAAAACACCCAACCACCAGCAGCAGAUGAAUCUCUUGGACCAGACCAAAACGCUGGCUGAGUCUGCCCUGCAGAUGCUGUAUAUGGCCAAGGAAGCUGGUGGGAACCUGAAGCAAGCUGCCCACACCCAGGAGGCUCUGGAGGAGGCCAUGCAGAUGAUGAAGGAAGCGGCAGAGGACCUGACCACCACCCUGAACGAGUCAGCCAGCUCUGUGGGUGUCGUGGGGGGCAUGGUGGACUUCAUCACCCAGGCCAUCAACCAGAUGAGAGGAGUGGGGCCGAUGGGUGAGCCAGAGGGGACCUUUGUGGACUACCAGACCACGAUGGUAAAGGCGGCCAAGGCCAUCGCAGUGACUGUGUAAGAGAUGGUCACCAAAUCCACCACCAACCCAGAUGAGCUGGGCAUACUGGCCAACCAGCUCACCAAUGACUACAGACAGCUGGUGCAAGAAGCCAAGCCGGCUGCACUCACUGCCAAGAACGAGGAGAUCGGCUCCCACAUCAAGUGCCAGGUGCAGGAGCUGGGUCAUGGCUGUGCUGCCCUGGUUACUAAGGCUGGAGCCCUGCAGUGCAGCCCCAGCGAUGCCUAUACCAAGAAGGAGCUGAUAGAGAGUGUGUGCAAGGUUUCUGAGAAGGUGUCUCACGUGCUGGCAGCCCUGCAGGCUGGGAACCGUGGGACACAAGCCUGCAUCACAGAAGCCAGCACCGUCUCUGGCAUCAUUGCUGACCUCGACACCACCAUCAUGUUUGCCAUGGCAGGAACCCUCAAUCGGGAGGGUUCCUGGCAAAGCUGGGGAUGA